AUAUCGUCUGUUUGUAAAAAAAAGUGUAGAGUCUCAUGUUCAAAACAAAAGAGCAUAAACCGAAUGAAUGUCCUUUAGCCUUGUUAUUGUAAUUCAAAGCAAAUAAGUAUUCUAUUAUGAGUAUUGAGCUUGAAAGAUGUCAAUACAUCGUGCCUCGAAAGAAGCGUUCUUGUCGUAUGUUGGUCAAACCCGGAAAUUCAUAUUGCGGCGAACAUGCCAAUCAAGAACCGUGCCUUCCCAAUGAUGACAGCUCAAAUUGGGCAGCCUUGAGGGUUCCCUGUCCUUUGGACGGUAAGCACACAGUCUUAAAAUCGAAAUUGGCCACUCAUUUGACCAAAUGUGCCGCCCAACCCACAAAGAGACCGGAUUACUGUCAAGAAGGCAUCAAUAUUCCCCAACCCCGCACCGAAACCACCAUCGAUAAACCCUUGACCAUUGGUGGGAUUGAGGAUGAGCGAUUGAUGGCCGUGAUUGGCAAAGUAGAACGGGUUUAUGUCCAAACUGUUCACGGUAAAAUCACCACGAAAAUCCUCUGCCAUGAGGCUUUAACGGAAGAAUUGACUCAAUCGUUUUACGGACCCAGUGUACUCAAGCAUUUGAAGCAGAAUGCGUCACUUCUUGGUCUCUUAGAAAAAUCCAAUCUUCUCCAAGAUGAUUCCAUCUUCGUGGAAUUUGGCUCUGGCCGUGGAUUAUUGACCUAUUGGCUCACCCAAGCCGUACCCAAUGCCAAUAAAUGCGAUUUCAUUUUGGUAGAUCGAGCCAGUCAUCGGCACAAAUUUGAUAACAAACUCAGAGAGAAAAAGGAAUUCUCCAUCGAACGCAUUCGGACCGAUAUCCAAGAUUUGUGUCUCCCUAACGUCCCUGCCAUUCAAUCUUCGGACAAAGGGGUCGUUGGGGUUAGUAAACAUUUGUGUGGAGCAGCCACGGACUUGACCUUGAGGGCGUGCCAGCAAUUGGAACAAGGUCGUUUGAAAGGCUUAAUGAUUGCCUUGUGUUGCCAUCAUCGAUGUGUUUGGAAUCUAUUCGCUGGAUGCAGCUACCUUCAAGACCUCGGGUUUUUGGCUGAGGAAUUUAGUCUGUUAUGUGGUUUGACCAGUUGGGCCAUAUGUGGCUCCGGAAAGCCGAGGAAUACCAAAGACAAAGAAGUAAAUGUUUCGGAAGGAGUUUCAGACUUGCCCGAUGUGAAUCCCUUUGAUUGCCGAUACGAUCGAUUGGAACUACCCCGAGAAAGGCGGGAAUUUAUUGGUCUGAAAGUGAAACGAAUCUUUGAUAUCGCAAGAGCAAACUAUGUGACCAAGACCUUGGGACUAAAGGCAGAGCUCUUUUUCUAUUGUCAUCCUGAUAUUUCUCCAGAAAAUGUUGUUUUACUGGCCACUACAAACAAGACAACAUGACGUGAUAUCCUGUUAUCUUAAUGAUUAAUUGUUGCUGCCUGUGUUAGAUAAUAAAGUUUUCAAAUAACGCA